UUUCAUUCAGACGCAGUACUUUACCUGAAGAAGGAUUGGAGGUUAAUUUCAAUGGCGUCGCCGAAAGGCACAUCGGAAGAUGAAAAUGAAAGCGAAAAGAUCCCAAAGCGGGCAUCGACUCCAGACUGGGGGAGUGAAGCAAAAAAUGGAACUCAUUUGUGGUGCAGAACUUCUGCCUCUGGAGACCAAUGUUAUGUCUCAGACAAUGUUUGCCUGGAUAGAGGACGUAGGUUAAAAUGCGCAUCUUGUAAGAUCAUAGUGCAUGCAGAAUGCCGAAAGAUUUUGAUAGAUAAGAUGAAAGUUCUUUGCCGAUCAACAUUCCAAGACGCAGAAAAUGGUUCUUACAGAGAGAAUACGGCUAUUAGUCAUCACUGGAUAGCUCGACGCAAACCUACAGGAAGAUGCAGAACUUGCUCAAAAACAUUUGGCGGUAAAGUCUGCAGUCUACUGAAUGAAACCGUAGCUAUGAGCUGUUCGUGGUGUAAGGAAGUAUGCCACAAUAAAGAAUCCUGUUUCAAUUCAAAAAAGAUGAGCAGCGAAAAUUGUAACUUAGGAGUCCAUGCCAACUUGAUCGUUCCGCCCACAUGGAUUGUCAAGCUACCUUGCAAAGAGACAGAAAAUUCCAAGCAAAUUUUUGCCAUCAAACCUAUUCCGUCAUCAACAUCGAUACCCCUUCUUGUAUUUAUUAAUCCGAAGAGUGGUGGAAACCAAGGAGCGAAGCUUCUUCGUAGUUUUCAAUGGCUUCUCAAUCCUCGUCAGGUAUUUGAUCUUACACAGGGUGGACCUGGCGUCGGUUUGGAACUUUAUCGUCGAGUUCCAAAUUUGAGGAUUUUGGCUUGUGGUGGAGAUGGCACAGUUGGAUGGAUUCUGUCAGUACUAGAUGAUCUUAAGGUUACAUCAUCACCUCCCAUAGCUGUUCUACCCUUAGGUACAGGAAAUGACCUAGCCAGAGCGCUAGGUUGGGGUGGA